UGUCAACGACUCGCAGCAGCCAUUCAUUUUCAUCUGCUACUCAUUUCCGCAUUUUAUCGUUUCGAACUUGCACAAAAAUUGGCACGAACGGCAACCGCGAGUGAACCACUUGCCCAUCCAACUUUUUUACACAUUUGAUACCACAAACACCGUCAAUAUUAUUCUAGAACCGGAAAAUCCGAGCGCAAUUAUGACUACCACAGACUACAGCGAUCUGGAUCGGCAGAUUGAGCAGCUGAAACGCUGCGAAAUCAUCAAGGAGAACGAAGUGAAAGCGUUGUGUGCAAAAGCGCGAGAAAUCCUGCUGGAGGAGGGCAAUGUGCAGCGUGUCGAUUCGCCGGUAACCGUGUGCGGCGACAUUCACGGACAGUUUUACGAUCUCAAGGAGCUCUUCAAAGUGGGCGGCGACGUGCCCGAGACAAAUUACUUGUUCAUGGGCGAUUUUGUGGACCGAGGCUAUUACAGUGUCGAGACUUUUUUGCUGCUUCUCGCUCUAAAAGUCCGUUAUCCGGACCGUAUAACGCUCAUUCGCGGGAAUCACGAGUCCCGACAAAUCACACAAGUCUACGGAUUUUACGACGAAUGUCUCCGCAAAUAUGGCUCCGUCACGGUGUGGCGUUAUUGCACAGAAAUUUUCGAUUAUCUCUCGCUGUCGGCGAUAAUUGACGGCAAAAUAUUCUGCGUGCAUGGCGGCCUGAGUCCCUCAAUUCAGUAUUUGGACCAAAUUCGGUCGAUUGAUCGCAAACAGGAGGUGCCCCACGACGGGCCGAUGUGCGAUUUGCUGUGGAGCGAUCCCGAAGACACACAAGGAUGGGGCGUUUCGCCGCGCGGCGCCGGCUAUUUGUUCGGCUCGGAUGUCGUGUCGCAGUUCAAUAGCGCUAAUGACAUCGACAUGAUUUGUCGCGCACAUCAACUCGUCAUGGAGGGCUACAAAUGGCAUUUUAACGAGACCGUGCUCACCGUUUGGUCCGCACCGAAUUACUGCUAUCGCUGCGGCAAUGUGGCGGCGAUUCUGGAACUAAAUGAAAACUUGCAACGUGAUUUUACGAUUUUUGAGGCGGCGCCGCAGGAAAGUCGAGGUAUACCCUCGAAAAAGCCACAAGCCGAUUAUUUCUUAUAAGCAGCGACGACGACGACACAGGACGAGAGACGAGCAAGUUUUUUAUCAUUUCUUCAACUCUACUCAAUAUUUACUACUACAAUUAUUACAAAAUAAAUAAGGAUAGAGAAAUUAUUUUUACAAGUA